AACACUUUUCACACAAACACCAACCAACACAGACUACAUACAAAAAUGUCCUCUGAACAAUUAACCCAACAACAAAUCAAAGAGUACAAGGAAGCCUUCGCCUUCUUCGAUAAAGAUGAAGAUCAAAAAGUUUCCAAAGCUGACUUGGAAAAGACCUUCUUAUCUUUGGGUGAAAACAAGUCACAAAACGACAUUAGAAAGAUGAUUGAAGAGUGCGACUCAUCACGUACUGGUUUUAUUAGUUUUACCGAAUUCUUGACUGUUCUCUCACAAAAAUUGAAGAACACUGAUCGUGAAGAAAAGAUCAGAGAAGCUUUCCGUGCUUUUGACGAAGAUGGACACGGAAGUAUUCCAUCCAAGGAAUUGAAGGAUGCCUUGUGUAAUUGGGGUGAAAAAUUCACUGAACAAGAAUGGGGCCAAAUGAGAAACGAAAUUGGUGCUAAGGAUUCUGGAGAUUUUGAUUAUGAACAAUUCAUCUCAAAGAUGUUGAACAAGUCUCAAUAAAUUGUGUAAUAUCGUGUAA